UGUUUCCGAUCGAUCGCUCCUACGAUCCAAGCCCGAAGCACUAUAAGUAAACUGCCGCACGCUCGCAUAUUCCCAUUGCCUCCCAAAGCAUCGAUCUCCUGCGAUCAGAUCCGGUUUCACUUCACCAUCACGUACGUACCUACGUACGUAGCCGGCGAGGAACUGAUCAAGCUCUUCGAUUUCUCUCAAGCGCGAUGGCUAGCUUGAUGCCAUCGCUUGCCAUGAACCUGCCACAAGAAGAAGGUGGUCACGAGGACUCCGCGUUCGUCGGCGUCAUGGGAGAUCCAGACGACCCGGAGUUGGCCGCGUUGGUGGCCGAGGCGCUCAAGACGGUGGACGCGCCCUGCGACGAGGAUGAUCUCGGCUGUCCAAUCUGCUUGGAGGAGGACGACGCCGCGGCGUGGAAGGAGACGCCGUGCGGGCACCGGUUCCACGGGCGGUGCGUAGAGAGGUGGCUGCAGGAGAAAGAGAGCUGCCCCAUGUGCCGUCGCGAGGUCGUCACGGCGCCCGCCGCCACCGCAGAUUGUACCGCUGCAUUCCUAGAUUUCUUGUGGGUGGCUACCUUGCGGUUGCAUGUGUUUGGCGUCGUUCCUACGGACGACAUGGAAACUGAUUAGGGUGAGCUUCCGGUCGAUCGUCGGGCACCAGGCUCAAAGCUCAGAUGCUUUGAUCGAGAUCGGUCUCGAAUCGAAGGCACCUUACCAUCUUGCCAUACUUUGGU